AAAUUGACUUGUGCUACUCUGGGGUGAUUGUAAAUUUAAUGUUCUUCGUGCUCUAGUGAUCGAAAAGGAAUCGUGCGGUUGGGAAUAUUCUCUUCUCAAACCUCUAAUUCAGGUGUGUUUCAAGUUAGCUCAAAGGGGAUAAUGGCAGCGGAAUCAUUAAUCGGCGAAAUUGCACUUCUCUUAGUAAUUAAACCGAAUCAGAGUCAUUUCUAGCGACAACGUUUUAAAUCACGGCUUGGCUUUAAAUAACAAGAAACAGGAGUGGAGAUUUCAGUGAGUGGAAAAGUGGGAUAAUCGACAAACCAGCUAGUGAAGCUAAGUAAGAUAAAUUACGGAAAGACAACGUGCGCAGUGUUUUACAGCAAAUAAUAUGCCGCACCCAGCAGUAGUUUUAGUGACGAUCGGAAUCGCCUUAGGGGCUGCAAUGGCAGUGUUUGCGUUUUUGACGACUUCACAAAAGCACACACGCUCAAGUUCACAUCGUCCCAAUAGGAGUUUAGAUUUUGAAUACAUUGAUACUUCUAUAAUAUGCACAAUUUGCAUUGACAAGAUAAAUUCGGACCUGAUUUAUUUAGAAUGCGGCCAUUCCUUCCAUGGGAACUGUAUUCAGAAGUGGUUUAAAGAUAAUAAUACUUGUCCUAAUUGUAAAAAUGUCCAAACAAAUAAGAUCUGAGCGUUCGAUUUGGCUCAACUUGGAUUAGAGUUGAGUCGCGGAUAUUUCGUUCAACGAGAAAAAUUUGAAUUGGACAGCAUUGCCGAGCACAGGCGGUUUACUCUGCGUUGUUUUUUUAAAUUAUUUUAUAAACAAUAAUGGGGUUAAGAUGAUAUAGAA